AUGAAGCUAAUCCCUACCCUCUUGUCCUGCUUAACGGUAUGCAGCAGUGUCCUCGCUGCCACUGAAGACCCCCUCAAUUACAGGAAUAUCAAGCCCUCCUACGUUGCUCCAAAACUCUCCAACACAACGACGCUUCUGGAAUUUAUCAGAUCCCGCUCAGAUUUGAGUAGACUCUCUGAAGCGCUAGACAAAGUCGGCGGCUUCUCGGAAGCAUUCAGCACGGAUCCCACCUGGAAAUUUACUUUCUUCGCCCCGAACAACGAUGCCUUUGAGAAGAAUGUGGGCAGAUAUUUCAACACGUUCGAGUCUACUCCGUAUGGCUACCCGACAGAGUCGUUUCGCCGGUUACUGACUGUUCAUAGGAAAGGGAAAUGGUGGCUGGGGAAUACCAUCCUACAUCACUACGUUCCCAACACAAACUUAAAGUCCUCCAAUUUCAAUGGAACUUAUCAGCAAUUCCAGACUGCGACUUUUCUAUAUGUCGGAGCUGAGGUUCAGAAGGGGAAUCUUCUCCUGAACAAAGUCGCUACUGUAGUAGAAAAGGAUAUUGCAGUUACACAGGGCGUCGUUCACAUUAUCGAUCGUAUCCUUGACCCCUCUGCUCAGAUCUUUGAGGGUGAUCUGUCUCGAAUCUCGCAGGCCUUUAUUCCUGGUAGUUGCUCGAACCCGAAUCUUCCAUACUGCUGA